UAGUUCAAAGGAAAGUAGCCAUAACUUUCACUGUUUUGUUCUUGAAAUUCUCUGUCUCUCUCUCUCUCACACAAACACAUACAACCUAAAACAUAAAUACAAAAAUACAAAAAUCUGUUUAUUGAUUUCCCUGCAUCAUAAUUUGAUCAUGGCAUUCAUCUCUUCACCUUUCAUAACUUGCAAGAAAGACUUGAGUUUCUCUGCUCUUUCUUCACAAUCCUUUACAAUAGGGCAGAGACAGACCUGCAAGAAAACAUCAUCAAAGAAGAUUGUUUCUGUUGUCUCAUCCCAGAAGAACAAACGCAACCCUUCUGCAACUGGCUCAACCAAAAUUCCCAUGACCGCAACAGAGAAGAUUCUGGCAAGAGCUGCUGAGAAAUGUGAAGUGAAACCAGGGGAAAACGCAUGGACAAAUGUGGAUGUUUUGAUGAUCAAUGAUAUCACUUGUCCAGGGAUAACUGGAAUCUUCAAGAAACAGUUUGGCAACACUGCAAAGGUUUGGGACCGUGAAAAGGUUGUGGUUAUCCCUGAUCACUAUAUAUUUACAAAUGAUGAACGUGCACACCGCAACGUGGAUAUUGCAAGAGACUUUUGUGUGGAGCAAGAUAUCAAGUACUUCUAUGAUAUUCAAGAUCGCAGUAAUUUCAGGGCUAAUCCAGAUUAUAAAGGUGUUUGUCAUGUGGCUCUAGCACAAGAGGGUCAUUGCAGACCUGGAGAGGUCUUGUUUGGUACUGAUUCACACACCACAUCAGCUGGAGCAUUUGGUCAGUUUGCCACAGGAGUUGGUAACACUGAUGCAGCUUUUAUAUUAGGGACAGGGAAGAUCUUACUCAAGGUGCCUCCAACAUUAAGAUUUAUACUGGAUGGUGAAAUGCCCAGCUAUUUGCUUGCAAAGGAUCUAAUUUUGAACAUAAUUGGUGAAAUAUCUAUGUCUGGUGCAACAUAUAAAACGAUGGAGUUUGUUGGGACAACAACUGAAAGUUUAAGUAUGGAAGAAAGGAUGACACUGUGCAAUAUGGUUGUAGAAGCUGGAGGGAAAAAUGGUAUUGUUGCUGCUGAUAGGACCACAUACAAAUACCUAGAGGAUAAGACGUCUUCACCAUAUGAACCAGUUUUUAGUGAUGAGAAUGCAAGAUUUCUAGCCCAGUAUAGAUUUGAUGUAUCAAAGAUGGAACCAUUGAUUGCGAAGCCACAUUCCCCUGAUAAUCGUGCUUUGGCAAGAAAAUGCAACAAUGUGAAAAUUGACAGAGUAUACAUUGGAUCCUGUACUGGUGGAAAGACUGAAGAUUUUAUGGCUGCAGCAAAAGUUUUCUUAGCGGGUGGAAAAACUGUCAAAGUUCCUACUUUUCUUGUUCCUGCUACACAGAAGGUUUGGAUGGACCUGUAUACACUUGAGGUACCUGGUUCAGGUGGCAAGACUUGUUCAAAGAUUUUUGAAGAAGCUGGGUGUGAUCCUCCAGCAAGUCCUAGUUGUGCUGCAUGUAUGGGUGGCCCAAGAGACACAUUUGGACGCUUGAAUGAACCCCAGGUCUGUGUCUCAACAACAAAUCGAAAUUUCCCUGGUCGGAUGGGGCACAUAGAAGGGCAGAUAUAUCUUGCUUCUCCGUAUACUGCAGCAGCAUCUGCACUGACUGGUUUCGUAACUGAUCCCAGGAAGUUCCUGUAGAUAAGCUACCAUGUGUACACAGCAGUUUCUACCUACUUGGAAAAAUGAAUGAUAGAACUGAAAGGAUUUAUAUGCUAGAGCUAGAAUGAUGCAUUUGGUAAAUAUGAGCUUGUAAGCGGGAUUUUUAAAACUACAGCACUUGGAAAGUUGUCAAGAUAGAUUGCUAUGGUUGAUAAUGUUUACAGAACAAGAUAUACAUGCAAGGGUUUCUGUUGAAUUCAUAUGCUACAUUACAACACAAGAAUAAUACAAUGCUUCUUAAGCAA